AUGUUGCAAAUCGAAAAUAAGACACUUCGUGACAUCUGGAAAAUAAUUGCUAACGAGUCGUAUUCCACGAACGAUACUCGGCUAACCACUGCUCGCAAAUUCUACAAAUCCUGUGUGGAACACAGAAAUAUUUCUCUCCAGCAGACAAGAAGACAGAUAACUCGUUUGAUAGAAAAAUCAUUUGGUGGAUGGGAUUUGUUGCCAUCUCCUUCUCAAAAUCUAUCCGAAACAUCAACGCUAGAACAAGAAAUUGACGAUUUCAGUUUAAAUGAUAUCUACUUUCCAAUUCUGAGCAUAACAGGAAGCUGUCCUUUAUUUUCCAUUGAUAUUAAUGCGGAAAGCGAAACGAUUCAUAUUUCAGAUGGAAAAUUCGCUUCGUACAAGGAUGCUUGUAAAUCAGAGGUGGCGGCUGCAAAGAUAUCCUCAAAGUAUUACGAAUAUGCAUAUAAACUGGGAGUAUCUCCAGCCGAGAAGAGCAAGUUGCAAGCUGCUUUUGAAUUGCACAUACGCUUGUGUCGUCUAUGCAUGAUGACAAUGAAAUUUCGUAUAGAAUGUGAAUUUCAGUUGGUUGUAUAUACAUUGGAUGCAGAAAAAGCAACCUACAUACCGUCGCCCUCAUAUUCGCCCACUGAAAACCGCAUAUAUAUUAAUGGCGCUAUAAUGAAUCUACCGUUUUACCACGAUGAUCAAACUAUUUCCGAAAGAUAUGGGGGCUUGGGUAUACUUGUCGAUGAGAAUGGAGAUGACAGGCCUCACAGUAUAUCACAUCAUGGAUUUCUUGCUCUCUUGAAGCAAACAGAAUGUCUACGAAAACAAUACAAAAAUUACAAUUAUACGAGUGAAAAGAGUGAAACAAUUGAUGGUCUGGCUGAAAUUCUGUCAGAUAACGGUGGUCUGAGGAUAGCAUACAAGGGAUAUAUACAGAAUAAUAAUGUCUAUCCUAACAUUAUCUACACUGAGUGCCAACAUUUAGCCCAUUUUUCAAUUUUGCCACUAUCAGAUGGGUUUUUAAGCUGA